CAGGAUCUGAAAAACAGAUCACCUGAUGUAAAAGCGGCGACGGUGACGCAAGAGUGAAAUGAAAUGCCAACGAAGACCGGCUCAAUGCAGUUAGUCCGCCUGCCAUGACAUGCCAUUCCACGCCUCCGCUUUCCCAAUCCCUCUCUUCCUCUCCUUGACAAUCCAUCCGACGACCAUCGGGCAUCGCACCCCCUACAAACAAUUCAUCCCGAUAGCGACGUCGACGGGUCGGCCCAUCGCCCACCAUGCCGCACGAGGAGACCGAGCCGCUUCUCCCGCGAUACGAGGAGGACACCACCCUCCAGCGCCGCCUGCAUCAGAAGCUACACACCUAUCAGAUGCUUCGCGCCCUCUCGGAGGGUUACAUGCCGUCGACCGACCAAGUCAUCGCCAAUCUCCGCACCCUAUUGGCCACCGACAUCCUCAAUCCUCGGUCUCAGGAGAUCGGCUCCGUCGGCCGCCAAUUGAUUCGGGAUUGCCGUCUCUGGGUCCAGGUGUUCAUCGAGCUACUGCGGGAUAAAAAUGGAACCGAUCAGCUGCAGGAUUUUCUGUGGCAUUUGGCCCGAUCUCGUGCCUCCUUGGACCCGAAUCAUCUCUCGCAGCAUGCCGCCCAGGUGAAGGCCAGGGCGGAUACCAAAACCGCGUAUGAUAGUCUCCGAACAGUGGGACAGCUCCUUCUGACCAAUGCGGACUUUCGGCUCUUCGUCAAUGACCUGACCACCGUCGGCCGUCAGAUCUUCUCGGACACGGCAUUCUCCCUGUCGAAUGCCUCGCAGCAGGUGGGCGAGCAGCUGAAACCGUCCGACGAGGAUGUACAGGCAGUGCAGAAGGCGGGUGCGGACGAGGGUCGCGCGCCGACCAAGGAGGACUUGCGCAACGAGGCCGAAGAACUGGUCGAUGUGGCGGGCAGUGGGGUGGUCCGUACGGGCCGGGAUGCCGUGGAUAGCGCCAAAGAACAUCUCGGCGAGCAAGAGAAGGAGACUCUGUUCUAUCGGCUGAAACAGGCCGUUCUGAGACUGCGGCAGCGACCGGAUUAUACAGAUUCCGUCGCGACGCUAGGACAGCUGGUGACUCGUUAUGCUGCGAUCUAUGCCAAUGUCGCCUCCGAUGUCGUCACGACCGCCGAGGACGAGGUGGACAUUAAUGCAGACCUCAAAGAGGCGGUGGAAAGGUUCUGGGUGCUACUUCAGUCAUUCGGUGACUCGAAGGAGUGGAAAGUUCUAGAGCAGGACUUCUCGCAAGUGCUGCAGCAUGCGAACAAGGACCCCGAGUUUGAGACAUUCAUGUCAGAAAUUGGCUUCUCUAUUCAGGAGAUGCUGACCAACCCUGAUUUCUUCGACAAUGCCUCGGAAAAGAUAGGUGAACUAGAAGGCAAGUCCAAGAAAGUGGGUGCUGGGUCCAAUUUGCGCCAGGAUGUGGAUGCCUUCCUGGUACAGGCAAAACGGGCCCUGCGAACCGUUCCGGAAGACACCGCGGUGUCUAAGCUGGUGGAUGUCACCAACAAAAUCUACAAGGAUGCAUGGGCGGGGUAUCAUGACCAGAAAAGCCGACUGCCGGUCGACAUGCUCGAAGUGCUCUUCCCUCUCAUCCUCCGCCACAUCCAGUACAUCCCAAUCCCGCGCCUUGAAAUCUCCGCGCCAGAACUCGAUCUUCUGCUGGAAAACUUGAUACUGGAGCCGGGGCACGGUGUCCAAUAUUCCUCAUUCCUUCCAUAUCGGAUGCACCUCACCACGCGUAACGACAUCGACAUUUUGAAGAGACACUCGAAGCGUACAGAGACCGAUUUGAAGACCACUUUCACCGCUACCGUCAUGGGCCUCAACCUCAGCGCCUCGGAAUUCGGAUACUGGCUGCGCACGCACUCCGGCCCAUUCUGCCUCUUCAAAGACGAAGGAAUCGCCAGCUUCUUCCUGGACAAACGAGGCGUGGACAUCUCCCUCGAUAUCGAAGUCGGCCGCGAACGCCUCGAGCAAAUCUUCACCUUGCGCGGUGUGCGCGUGGUUAUCCACAAGCUGAACUACAAAGUUCACCGCAGCAGAUGGCGAUUCCUUCUCUGGCUGACCAAGCCGUUCCUCAAACACAUGCUGCGCCGGGUGCUUGAGAAAAAGAUCGCCGAGCAGAUCGUCCAGGCCGCGUUUGCCCUGAACCGCGAGCUGGUCUUCGCCCGGGAACGGCUGCGUGCCGCGCAAAUCGCCAAUCCCCGCGACCUGGCUAGUCUUGUCCGCGCCAUCCUCGCUCGUCUUCAGCCCGUCUCGGACGUAGAGACCCGCAUCGCUCUCGACGCGCCAGGUCGCGGCGUCUUCAAGGGCGUGUAUGCUCCCGGGAGUCUGGCCAAGGUCUGGCACGAAGAAGCCCUGCGGGCUCAGGAAGCCAUUGAAGAGGGUGAAGAAAGUCAGGGACUAGGACGGACAUGGCGAAAUGAUAUUUUUGAUGUUCCGAGACGGUGAUGUGUGGGUACUUAAUGAUGCCUGAUGCUUAAAUACUGAUGUCGGGGCUGGGAGUGUCUCGAUGCUACUUCUCUACUGACUGAUCUGAUCUGAUUGAUAUGACGAUACGAGCUGUAUUUUCUUUUCUUUAUGUUUUUAUCUCCGGCUUAUUGCACCGGACAGCUGUCAAAUAUCUAAUGAAUGCUAUGCUACGAAAUGGUAUGAAAAAUCAACGCCUCUCCGGCCCGCACAUUG